CUGACCCAAGAGCCAGAAAAAAAAAUGUGAGACAAUUCACUGCUGCUGGAGAGAGGACAGCUGAGGCUGAGUUCCUGCAGGAGCAGCUUCGCUUCACCGUGGUGGACCCCAGGGGAGACAGAACAAGCCUAAAUGGACGACAAUAUGGAUGGCAAAUCCAUUCUAGAAGAACUGCUUCUCAAAAGGUCACAGCAAAAGAAGAAAAUGUCACCAAAUAAUUACAAGGAGAGGCUUUUUGUUUUAACAAAAACAAGUCUUUCCUACUAUGAAUAUGACAAAAUGAAAAGAGGAGGCAGAAAAGGAUCGAUAGAUAUCAAGAAAAUCAGAUGUGUGGAAAAAGUCAACCUCGAGGAGCAGACACCUGUGGAGAGACAGUACCCAUUUCAGAUUGUGUAUAAAGAUGGGCUUCUCUAUGUUUAUGCAUCAAAUGAAGAGAGCCGAAGUCAGUGGCUGAAAGCACUGCAAAAAGAGAUACGGGGCAACCCCCACCUGUUGAUCAAGUAUCACAGUGGCUUCUUUGUGGACGGGAAGUUCCUGUGCUGCCAGCAGAGCUGCAAAGCAGCCCCAGGAUGCACUCUCUGGGAAGCAUAUGCUGAUCUGCACAUUGCAAUCAGUGAUGACAAACACAGAGUUCCUACUUUCCCAGAGAGGGUACUGAAGAUUCCACGGGCAGUUCCUGUUCUCAGAAUGGAUGCAUCAUCUUCAAGUACCACUCUACCCCAACAUGACAGCCACCCAAAGAAAAGCUAUGGUUCUGAGCCAACCAUCAACAUACGCUAUAUUCCAAGGGAAGACUGCCCUGACUGGUGGCAAGUAAGAAAACUGAAAAGCAAAUGCCUUACUGUACCGUUGAUGCAGUCCCAGGGUCAUGUGGAACCUGAAAGAACUGAGGAAGAUGUAGCCUGUAGCAACCAAGUGGAAAGAAAUAUUGUAAAUCACAGCACGUCAAAGAUGUCAUGGGGAUUCCCUGAGUCAAGUUCAUCUGAAGAAGAGGAAAAUCUGGAUGAUUAUGACUGGUUUGCUGGGAAUAUGUCCAGGUCACAAUCUGAGCAGUUACUGAGACAAAAGGGAAAAGAAGGUGCAUUUAUGGUUAGAAAUUCCAGCCAGAUGGGAAUGUACACAGUGUCCUUAUUUAGUAAGGCUGUGAAUGAUAAAAAAGGAACUGUGAAACAUUACCACGUGCAUACCAAUGCUGAAAAUAAAUUAUACCUGGCCGAAAACUACUGCUUUGAUUCCAUUCCAAAGCUCAUUCACUAUCACCAACACAAUUCAGCAGGCAUGAUCACACGGCUCCGCCACCCAGUGUCAACCAAGGCCAACAAGGUCCCGUCGUCCGUGGCUCUGGGAAGUGGAAUUUGGGAGCUGAAAAGAGAAGAGAUUACCUUGUUGAAGGAGCUGGGAAGUGGCCAGUUUGGAGUGGUCCAGCUGGGCAAGUGGAAGGGACGCUAUGAUGUGGCUGUAAAGAUGAUCAAGGAAGGCUCCAUGUCAGAAGAUGAAUUCUUUCAGGAGGCCCAGACCAUGAUGAAACUCAGCCAUCCCAAGCUGGUUAAAUUCUAUGGCGUAUGUUCAAAGAAAUACCCCAUCUACAUAGUAACCGAGUAUAUAACGAAUGGUUGCUUGCUUAAUUACCUGAAGAGUCACGGGAAAGGACUAGAAAGCUCCCAACUCUUAGAAAUGUGCUAUGAUGUCUGUGAAGGCAUGGCCUUCUUGGAGAGCCACCAGUUCAUACAUCGGGAUUUGGCUGCUCGGAACUGUUUGGUGGACAGUGAUCUAUCUGUGAAAGUCUCAGACUUUGGAAUGACGAGAUAUGUUCUUGAUGACCAGUAUGUCAGUUCAGUAGGAACCAAGUUUCCAGUCAAGUGGUCAGCCCCAGAGGUGUUUCACUACUUCAAAUACAGCAGCAAGUCAGAUGUAUGGGCAUUCGGGAUCCUGAUGUGGGAGGUGUUUAGUCUGGGGAAGCAGCCUUAUGACUUGUACGAUAACUCCGAGGUGGUUGUGAAGGUCUCCCAGGGCCACAGACUCUACCGGCCCCAACUGGCAUCAGACACCGUCUACCAAGUCAUGUACAGCUGCUGGCAUGAGCUUCCAGAAAAGCGCCCCACAUUUCAGCAGCUCCUAUCUGCCAUUGAACCACUUCGGGAACAAGAUAAGCCAUGAAGAGAAAUUUCAGAAUGGUGAUGGGAAUAAAUACAAAUAUUGGUCAACAAUCUCAUUGUUUUUAAGGGAUGUAGAAAGACACAAUGUAAUUUAGCUAGUUCUUAAUAAUGUUCUAUUUGUUGUUUAUCUGUUAUAUUAUCUACAAAAAAAGCAAGGUAGAAAACAAAGACAAUUCUUUGAAAUGUAGGACAAAUUGGUAAUUUUGUUUGUGCUGCUUUUAAUGUCUUACUUCCCACUCUAUGUUUGAAGUUCGUUUUUAGAUUUCAAUUUACAAAGGGUGUGUACUAUGUGUGAAGAUGGAGAAGAACUGAAAAGAUGAGUUGUUGGGAAUCCACUUUUUUCUGUUGCCAUUAGUGUGAUAAUUAAAUAUCCUUUCAAGAAUAGAAAUGUGUAGGUUUGCCUCCAUGUGGGAAAUGUCUCAGAUAUUUGAAUUCUUCGUGUCCAGUUUGUGGCACUGUUUGGGGGAGAUUUAGGAGGUGUGGCCUGGAUGGAGGAAAUAAGUCAGUGGGGACAGGCUUUGAGAGCUUAAGGCCUUGCCCUACUUGUAGUUUGUUGUCUCUGCUUUGUGCUUGUAGUUCAAGAUAUGAGCUUUCAGAAGUUGAAGGGGUAGCUUGGUGGUUAAGAGCGAGCGCUAGUUCUUCCAGAGGGCCCACGUUCAAUUCCCAUCACCCACACAGUGGCUUACAGCUAUCAAUAAAUCCAGUUCUAGGGUAUCUGAUGUCCUCUUCUGAUCUUUGUAGGCACUUUAUAGACACAUUCAUACAGGUACACAUGUAGCACACCGACUUAUAUGCAGGCCAAAAAAAAAUAUGAUGUAAGCUCUCAGCAUCCUGCUCUAUCUGGAAUGCCUGCAUGCUGCCUCUGCCUUCCCAUUUUGAACUCUGACCCUCUGGAACUGUAAGCCAAAAUAAAG